GCGGCGCUUCCGAUCGGUGCCUCAGCCACUGCGGCUCGGCUAGAAACGUGCUCGCGUCAGGGCAAUGACUUCCGGCGGAAGCAGAAACGGAUUCCGAGGUUUGGCAGACGGCAGGAGAGGGGUGAGUGCCUGUGGCUCUACUAAGUUUGUUGAUCUGAGAAGGCCCACUUCUUGUUCGAGGGAUGAUGGCAUUUGAGCAGGUACCAAAAAAGGAUUGGUACAGCAUUCUGGAGGCAGACCCAUCUACAAGUGUGUCAGACCUGAAACAAAAGUAUCAAAAACUCAUAUUAAUGUAUCAUCCAGAUAAACAAAGUGCAGAUGUACCAGCAGGAACAGUGGAGGAAUGUAUACAGAAGUUCAUCGAAGUUGAUCAGGCAUGGAAAAUUCUAGGGAAUGAAGAGACAAAAAAAGAGUAUGACCUGCAGCGGCAUGAAGAUGAUCUAAGAAAUAUGGGACCAGUAGAUGCUCGAGUAUAUCUUGAAGAAAUGUCUUGGAAUGAAGAUGAUCAUUCUUUUUCUCUGAGUUGUCGAUGUGGUGGAAAAUACAGUGUUUCCAAGGAUGAAGCAGAAGAAGUGACGCUGAUUUCUUGUGAUACGUGUUCACUAGUUAUAGAACUCCUUCAUUAUCGCUGAGAUUGUUCACUAAGUGGAAUUCUUUAGUGUAUUCAGACACAUGGAGGAAAAUCUACUCCACCUUUGUCCAUUCAAGCAAACAUAUAAAGCUGAUUGAUUAAAAAAAAAAAGGGAUUCUUUUUUGUCAGCUCUAUUAUUUGCAGAGAAAAUAUAAGACUGUCAAAGUCUACCUAGAUUAAUAGAAAAUUAAUUUCAUUAUUCAUAUGUAUUUACAUUUUAUAUUUACAGAUGGCUAAGAAAGGG